ACAAAACCGCCGCGCAAUAACUCCAUUUUGUUUCAGGGUUUGUCUCAGUCGCAGGGAGGCACUGGCGAGAGACGGCAAUCGGAGGAGGCCGAACCGUCGCAAAAUUCUCCCCCGAGCAUCCCGAUCAUGGCGUCGCCGGCGGCGGAGCCGCCGCCGAAGAAGCGGAGGGUAGUUGACGCGCAGGACCCAAGCCCCGCCUCCACUUCGGUGCCCGCGGCACCUCCUUCCCCUGGUCCGCCGCCUCCUCCCGAAACCCUAGCUGCGGCGGCGCCCUCAACCUCCUCUCCACCUUCGACGGAAACAGCAUCCCUGCCUUUGGAGGAGGAGAAGCUUCAAAAGCGCCGCAAUCGGGAGGAGCUGUGCAAGGUCAUGGUGCACUACCGCCGUAUCCGCGAGUACAUAGGGCAGCGGAAAGACUGCGGCCUCACGCCCGAGCUGGAGCAGGACUACCUCCACCUCAUCUCCGCCUCCCGAGGUUGUGAAAGUGUACAAUGUUUUCUGUCUUUGCCAAUCCCUCGAUUUGCCUCACACUGUCCUACGGCACUCGAGGCGGCGACUAAAGUUACCAUCAACAUGUACAAAUGCAACAUGGCCACUGUAACAAGCGGGAAGGACUCGAGUACUAAUGCAUACAAGACAGUUAGAGCUUGUAUUGUUGGCUUAACUGACAUAUGCUCUGCAGCAUCUUCUGAAGCACCCAAGUCACCUGUUAUCAAAGGAAUCUGCUCCGCGGUUUAUAGAACUGUUCUUUCCUUCUUCAUUUCAACCUUUGAGGGGAAGGAUAUCCAUCGUAUGGACUCUAUAAAACAUUUAAUGCUUCAGGAUCCUAUGAAGUUGUUAGAGACUUUAAAGCUGGAGUUGGGGAAUGCCAACCAACCAACAUUUGACAGUUUAUUUGAAUUGGGAGCAUUUUGCUUUCUAUGCAUAUUUCUUUUGUUCCCAGAGAAUGUACUAGAAGCCUGUUUUACGCUGCUUGCUGCAGAAUCUGAUGAUGUAAAAGGAGAAGGGCUGUACCUUUUAAAUCAGCUGACCUGUCAUCUGAACAGUAAUGCUGCAAAUGAUGCUCUGGAUGAUAAGAUUGAUGGGCAGUCUUCAGGGACAGAAGGAAAUCUGUCUGACACCAAAAAGAUUGUUGAUUCAAAUCCUUCGUCCGAUGAUAAUGUUGGUUUGGAAAAUUCUGUCGCGGAGUCAAAUGAGUGUUACAUUACAAUGGCCAUCUCUAGGCAUCCAUCUUUGAGACAUUGGAUAUUAUCAAGGUACAAGAAAUUAUGCAAUUCCUGUAAGCCUGCUGUGGUUUCAGAGGUGUCAUCUUGUUUGAAAGUUUUGGGCUCGUUGUCAGAACCUGUUGAGGAUAAAAGUGACAUGGGCAAUGAAUCAUUAGUGCUUGAGAAACUCGACAAAAAUAUCAGAGAAAAUAUGCAACCAGAUGAAGUAGUUUCUUCAUCUGAGCAGGGAGCCCCUUUGAAAACUGAGAAAAAAGAUAAUUAUGGAGACAAAUCUGCACAGAACAAGAAUACGGACAUGGUUCAUACUGAUCGUCAGAAAUCUGAUAGGCCGGCGGAUGCAAAAAUGGAUCAAUGCAAAGGAGUAAAUGUUGUCUCUGAUGCAGUGCAUCAAGGUACAAGACCUGAUUCCCUUACGCCAAAAUCCAUGUAUGCUUCUGCUGGAGGGUCUACAUCACUUACUUCCCCAAGACAACAUUUUGGGAAGGCAAAGCACAUAUAUUCUGAACCAUUUGAUAUUUAUGGUGCUUAUGUCAAAAGGGAUGUGAUUUCAGUUUCGAAGGAACUUUGGGUUGGUUCGCUGGGAAAUAGAGCUGCAGAGGCAUUAGUCAGAUCUAAGUUUGAGGAGUUUGGUCCCUUAGCAAAUUUUUUGUUCUAUCCACCCAAAGAUUUUUCCUUAGUUGAGUAUAGAAACAUAGUACAUGCUGUGCGUGCAUUUGGAUUUAUGCAGGGUUCCUCCAUUUGGGGCGGUUUUCUUCAAAUAAGAUAUUUAGACAGACUUGUAGGUAGUAAGGGAUUUAUUCGCGGUAUAGCUAUUGGUGAAAGCCGUCAUAUUUAUGUUGCUAAAAUCAAGAACCAAAAAGACAAAGACGAGGUGUUUGAUGAAUUGAAGGCUGCAGGGUUGAAGAGGCCAUGUGGUGUUACUGAUCUCUCUGGUGAAAAUGCUUUGCUUCUUGAAUUCGAGACGGCAGUUGAUGCAGCUACUGCAAAAGUUUUUAUUAGGAGCCAAGCUCCUGCAGAUGUUUGUUCCAGGGACAAGAAUACAUCUGGUCAUCAACUCUUGGUGCAAAAUAUAGACAACUCAAUCCCUGACAUGGAGUUAAUCAAUGCCUUCUCUCGAUUUGGUGAGGUCAUUAGGUGGCAAUUCAAUAGAUCUGAUGGGAACUGCUUUGUAGUUUAUAGAUCACAAGAUGCUGCUGCCUGUGCCAAAUCACACUUGCAUGGUGCACGAUUUGGGCUGAAGUCAAUUACUGUUGAGUCAAGGACAAGCGGUGCAGGAUCUAUUCAUGAUAAAACAAUGUUGCCUGUUGCUCCACUGUUAGGCCAGAGUUUUCCUGACAACAGCAUCCACCAAGAUAUUAGGACAAGAGUUUCAGGAUAUCAUGCAGGCUAUGCAGCACCAGGGGAUCGACCUAUUUAUGGCCCACCUCCUCCAAAUACAAACAGAGCUUCACAAGGAAUUAUUCCUUGCCCUCCUGUUUCCACACACCGUGGCUCUGUAAUACCACCACCACCUAUUCAAACCUCCUUUGUUCGUCCUGUAUAUCAUGGUCCAGGGAGUCCUUGGGAGAACACUACCCCCAAUCCACCACCCUUCAGUCAUGUUUCGCCUCGCAUGAUGCCUGCAAGUAACUUCCGUGUCAAUCCAGCUCCUCUUCCUUUCAUACCCUCUUCUGUUACUCCUAUUGCACAGCUUCCUGGAGGUUCAGCGCAGCAUUCUGAGAAAAUGCUACCGCCACCCCCUCUACCAAAUGUAGCUCCCCCACCAUUUACACCUCUAGAUAUACCACCUCCACCUCCACUACCUAUUUCCCAACCACCUUCAGUGCCACCACCUCCAAAUUCUCCUCCUCCGGCUCAACCUAUUGCUGACUCUUCUGACUUGCAAAAGCCAUCUUCUCAUCCUCGAUGGCAGGGUUUUCUUGCAAAAAGUAGCUUGAAUUAUUGCAGAGUCUAUGCAAAUAGAGUAGAGCUGGAUGCCUGUAGAUAUGAAAAUGCUGUUUCUGAACCAGCAGAAUGGCCUGAAAAACUAGAUGUGACAAAGCGCACAGAUUUCCAGCACGUGAAGACAACUUUCUCCAAUACCCCACCUAGUAAAAGAGAAGUCUGCCGGCUUUUGCCUUGUUCAGAUGGUGAUCAGAAAGGGUUCCAGGAUUUUAUAUCCUAUCUGAUAAAUAGAGAAUGCGCUGGUGUGAUAAGGAUUCCUGCUGUGAAUUCCAUGUGGACAAGGCUACUAUUCAUCCUUCCUCCCACACCUGAUGCGUGUGGCAUGCUAGCACUUCCACCUCAUCCGUCUGACUGUAUGAUUGUUGUAAUUUUGCCCAGGGAAACAACCGUCGAGGCGACAUGACAAUUUUGCGUACUGCAUGUUAAGGUUUUUGAGAGCUUUGAACUUGGAGGGGUUAUGUGAAAACUGUGCAUAGUUGUUGGUUACUAUAGUGCUUCUUUUAUAUAAAAAACUGGCGACUAGUUAGUAUUUUGUUA